UCGGCCGACCGGGCUCCCGGGGUUCUAGGGACUGCGGGGGGCUGCCCAGGCGGAGCGUCGGAGGGAAGGAGGGCGGCAUCGCCGGCCCGGCCAUGAAUGGGCUGCCCUCAGCGGAGGCUCCGGGCGGAACGGGCUGCUCCCUGGCCGGGCUCCCUCCGCUGCCGCGCGGCCUCAGCGGCCUCCUUAACGCGAGUGGGGGCUCGUGGCGGGAGCUGGAGCGCGUCUAUAGCCAGCGCAGCCGCAUCCACGAUGAGCUGAGUCGCGCCGCCCGCGCCCCAGACGGGACCCGCCACGCCGCCAGCACGGGACCCACGGCCGCACAGCGUCGUCCUGUCAACCUGGACUCGGCGCUAGCUGCGCUGCGCAAGGAGAUGGUGGGGCUGCGGCAGUUGGACAUGUCCCUGCUGUGCCAGCUAUGGGGCUUAUACGAGUCAAUCCAGGACUACAAACACCUGUGCCAAGACUUGAGCUUAUGUCAGGACCUGUCAUCUUCCCUGCACUCGGACAGCUCCUACCCACCUGACGCUGGCCUAUCUGAUGAUGAGGAGCCUCCUGAUGCCAGCUUGCCCCCCGACCCACCACCCCUUACUGUGCCCCAGACACACAAUGCCCGUGACCAGUGGCUGCAAGAUGCCUUCCACAUCAGCCUCUGAAGGGCUAGAGGGUGGCUGGCAUGCACUCAUGCAAAAGGCUCAGAAACUCAUCCAUCAGGAAGUCCUCAGACUGCAGUGCCUGCUCUUUCCCUCAUGCCACCUCACCUCACAGGAGGGCAAGGCGUGUACCACCUCAGAGGCAAAACUACCCAAUCCCCUCCUGUCUUGGGUUAGCUGGCACUGGGGUGGGUGCCUCAGUUAUGGCCUCUGCCCAUGGCACUGGGCUUCCUCUUCUCCCACAUGUGUAUGCCCCCUGCUUGGCUAACCCUCAUUUCAGCGGUGGGGCCCAAAGUAUUUACUCUCCCCUUGGCGUCUCUGGCAUUGGGAUGAGGUCUAGCUCCCAUCUCCUCGCCUUUUGUUGCUGUUAGCAGCUGCUGCCUCAGGGGCAUCCCACCUCCGAUCUCUGGGUUCCACUCCCCUCUGGACAAGGGUUCCAGGACCCGUCCUUGCACCUAACCACUGCCAGGAGGGUUAAGGUCCCAUGCUGGAUAUUUAAUUAGGGGCCAACCUCCUGGGCGCAUAGAUAAAUAAAUAAACACUCUCUC